CUUAAUCUUUCUAUGCUCUCUUUUCAACUUUUCUUCUGCAGCAUUGACACACAAGUCUCCGUCACUCAGAGACAAAACCCUGGUCAUCUUAACAUCAUACACCGUGUGUGACAUGUGUUUUCACUCUGUUUUUUUUUUCUCAUCAUUUUGCCAUCAAAUUCAGCAGAGAACGGUAGUUAGGUUGAUGUUCGCCAUUAAUUAUGCCAUCCCCACCGACCUUUACACACACUUGACUCUAUGAAUCUGAAUUCUCACACCAACAAUUUUCACACAAUCACACCAUUAGCUAAACAACAACCACCAGUUCUGACUUCAAGUUUGCUGCAGAUAAUAGUGUGUUGCACUUGCACAGGUUUAUUUUGUUUUAUUUUUUAAAAGGUGUGUUUUGGAGCGCGAGAAUUGCAAAUGUGCAAUGCCUCCUUAUUUGCCUCUUCGGUGGGAGAGUACGGGAGAACAAUGGUGGUAUGCAUCUCCCAUUGAUUGCGCCGCCGCGAAUGGCCACUAUGAUCUGGUGGUGGAGCUUCUCCAUCUGGACGCUAACCUCCUCAUCAAGCUCACUUCCCUACGCAGAAUCCGCCGCCUGGAAACCGUGUGGGACGACGAGAAACACUUCGAGGACGUCGCGAAAUGCCGCUCACAGGUUGCCAGGAAUCUGAUGCUGGAAUGCGAGGCAGGAAGAGCACACAAUUCUCUCAUUCGCGCCGGCUACGGCGGGUGGCUACUCUACACUGCUGCCUCGGCCGGUGACGUGGAUUUCGUUAAGGAGCUGUUGGGGAAGUACCCUGCUCUCGUGUUUGGUGAAGGAGAGUAUGGAGUCACUGAUAUACUGUAUGCUGCUGCGAGGAGCAAUUCUUGCGAGGUGUUUGAGCUUCUGCUUCGUUCUGCUCUCUCGCCGCCGCAAAUGGAGGAUGUUUAUGAGAGGGACAUGAUGAAUAGAGCGGUUCAUGCUGCUGCCAGAGGAGGGAACUGGGAGAUGCUGAAACGGCUUGUGAGGAACGGUUCUGGCGUUUUGGGGUUUAGAGAUACUCAAGGAUGCACUGUUCUUCAUACUGCAGCUGCUAGAGGACAGGUUGAGGUGGUGAGAAAUCUACUUGCAUCAUUUGAUGUUGUAAACUUAACAGAUGAUCAAGGGAACACAGCAUUACAUAUAGCUUCUUACGGGGGUCACUUACCAGUGGUUGAGAUUCUGAUUCUUGCGUCUCCCUCGCUAGCAUUGUUUACCAAUCACUACGGAGAUACUUUUCUUCAUAUGGCGGUGGCUGGUUUCAGAAGUCCCGGUUUCCGUAGACUGGACAAGCACACUGAGCUCAUGAAGCGAUUGGUAAGUGGAAAGAUUGUGAACUUACGGGACAUUAUCAAUGUUAAGAACAACGAUGGAAGAACGGCUCUUCAUGUAUCCGUGAUUGAUAAUAUUCAAUGUGAACAAGUGGAAUUGUUGAUGUCUGUGUCAUCAAUUGAUUUGAACAUUUGUGAUGCUGAUGGGAUGACCCCUUUGGAUCUUUUAAAGCAAAGGGCGCGAUCAGCAUCAUCUGAUAUUCUAAUCAAGCAAAUGAUUUCCUCUGGAGGGGUCUCUAAAUGUCUGGAUGUUGUGGCAGGAAAUGCCCUUUGCACUCAUCAAAAAGCUCAUGUCAUUGGAGGCAGUCCUGGAACUUCAUUUAGAAUACCAGAUGCAGAGAUAUUCUUGUACACUGGCAUUGAGAAUUCAUCAGACGCCACCAAUUAUGAUCAAGCAAGUGUGGAAUCAUAUUCCUGCUCAAACGAACUAAACAAUUCUGACUCAGCCAAUUCCCCACAUAACAAGAAGUCUAAUUCUGUCAAUGCAAGGCGCUCAAAGUUUCGUCUCCACUGGCCUAGGAGAAGAGAGACAAAAGCAGCUGCCUCAGAAUUGGAAGAUGAUGAUGAUUCUCAUGAUCCUUUCAGUUCAAGUAGAAACCUGGAAGAGUUUCCAAUCCCGUUGCGGCAAAGAUACUCACAACCAUGCUCCCUUCCAAACAACAAAAGAACACAACCUAUGAGGACUUCUCUUCCUAGCCCAUCCUCCAAUGUGAAAUUCAGUGCAGGCUUAAUGCAAGGUGUAAUUCAGCUAAAGCCACAUUCUGCUCAUUCAACUCCUAGUCCUUUCCAGGAAUUAUCAGUGUCUUCUCUUUCAUACAUCAAGAAACAAAAGGGUGUUGAAAUAAUGGGACCCUCUUGCUCUAAUCGAUCAAUAGAUGACGGCACACUUCUAUUGAACUACAAACAGUGUUCCUUCAAUAAGAAAUUGAUGAAUGGGUAUUUUUCUUUUGGAGCACAGGGCCUUGCUGUUGAAGAUUCCAAUAGCUGCGCAAAGUCAAACAGCAGCUACAAACGUUUAAGUUCCAUAGUUGCCUAACGGUUGUGAUCAAUUUGGUGAGAACAUGAAAACUAUAGAUUACAUACUACUUAGCUUGUAAUGACAAGUUUGUAAAAGUUACGGCACAAAUAUGCACACAGGUGUAACAUGUUUGUGUUGCUUUCUUGUUAGACAUAUGUUAUUUACUCUGGAUCUUCUUGCUACAAUUUUUUUUUUUUGCAAUGUAUGUUGUACUCUUUUCAAGGUGUAACAUGCUCCGAUUACACGACUGACAAUGAAAUGAAAGUAUAAAACUACAAAUCAAA